CUUACUGGUCCGAAAUGCGCGCACUCGGCUUUUGAUUGUUGUUUGUCGCGAAGUUUUGCUCUCAAAUUGUGCUACGUCGCCGAAAUUGCCCGCCCAAGCGGGCUCCAGUGAAUAGGCUGCAUGUGCAUGAACCGUGUCAGCCGUACGUUCAAGCGGUGAAACGGCAGCGCCGUUGGCUCCAGCGUCUGCUGCGAAUGACCUACAUUAUUUUCGUUUCCCGACGGUUUCUUGGGCUGACAGUUAAGCUUUCGAACUUUCGCGACCAGUGUCUCUCUUGAAAACUUGGGCCUGAGUUUGCUACCCAGCACGUAAGCUCUGUUCUUGUGGGAAAAUAAGGAGUUUUUGUUUGCUUUGCAUUACCGGAUACCCCCCCGAAAACAAAUGCCAAAGCCCUGCAGCGGGGCACGGUGGCGGAGCGCAGCCAGAUGAUGCGCAAUGCACGCACGGCGGGCGGCACCCUACGGUCUGCGGGCAACAGCGCGGUGCCCGAGAGGGGGCUGAGCACCCUGCAGCGUGCCCGCGCCCAGGCGCAGGAGAACAUCUUCAACGCCACCAAGGCCGCCCCCCGAGGACCCUCCGCCGCCGGCAGGGCCCGCUCCAACAGACCUACGGCUGUGGGGCGUUCUGACCCAGUCAACAAGGAGAACAUGAUGUCCCAGGCGGGUCCCAUUGCCCGCAAGGCCGGCAGCAUCAAGUCCUCCUCGAGCAAAGACAGCCUGGACUCAAACGGGCAGUCGAGGGAGCAGAGGAAGGCGCGGCCGGGGUUGUGCCAGGCACCGACGGUGGCCACCCAGACGCCGGAGUGCGGCAGCGGGGAGAAGGCGUCGCCCACGACGAUCCUGCAGCAGGAGCGGGAAAAGGCCCUACUGGAGCAGCAAGUUUCCGAGCUGGUGCGCAACGCCGAGAGCAAGAAGGCUGAGAUCGCCACCUUGCGCAUGGAGAUCAAGCACCUUAAGGAGGACCGUGCGUCGGGAGACAGGUGGCAGCUGGAGGCCCUGCAGGAGGAGAACCGGCGCCUGCGGGACAAGUUGCUCCAGAUGGGGGCCCCCAUUGAGCAGAGCCCCCUGUCCGAUUCGGACAAGGAGCAGCUGCUCCUCGGGCGCUCCGCUUCGGGCUCCAUGGCCAGCCUGGACGGAGUUGCAGUCAGGGAGCAGGCCAAGUCUACGGAAGGGGCUUUGUCGGACGCAGACGUGGGGGAUUCGUCUCCCGGGGGCGCCCGGCUGGAGUGGGACAAGGCCAGCACGAGCAGCCUGAGCGAGAUGUCGGUGGCCUGCCUCCAGGACCGCAUCAUGCAGAUGGAGGAGACGCACUACAGCACCAACGAGGAGCUGCAGGCGACGCUGCAGGAGCUGACGGAUUUGCAGGACCAGCUGACAGACCUGCAGCUGGAGAACGAGCGUUGCGGGGACGAGAAGUCCCUGCUGCUGGAGUCUCUCUGCUCUCAGACGGAGAAACUGGAGGAGUGCCGCUCCCAGAACGAGCACCUGCGGGUGCUGCUCUUCCAGCAGGCCUGCCCCCGGGAGCAGCCCAGGGAGCACCACUACGUCGAGCUGCUCAAGAAGAGCCACGAGGAGCAGCAGUGCCUGCGUGGGCGUGUGGAGCAGCUAGAGUCUGCCUUGGAGGGUGCCAACCGGGAGGCCCAGGACCACCAGCGGGACCUGGGCAGCCUGGCACACAGGGUGUCCCUGUUGCAGGCAGCCCUGGAUGCCACCCACCCGCCUCUGUUGGGGGGUGGGGGUGGCACCCGUCCACCUUCCCGCUCCACGGAGGACGAGCAGCAGCAAAGGAAGAGGGCGGAGGAGGAGGAGGAGGAGGAGCGGCAGAGGGAGCAGGGACUGCAGGAGCAACUGGCCCUUGCCCAGAGGGAGGCCACCCGCCUGUCGGAGCUGCUCAGUCAGGUGCAGGAUGAGACGCAGGCUGCACACGCACAGGUGUCCAGCCUGGAGCAGCGCGUGGAGCAGUUGGAGGCAGAGAAGGCGCAGCUGGUGCAGGAGUGCGAGGCCAAGUGCCAGCGGCAGCUGGAGGACAAGCGGCAGCUACGGGCCCAGGUCGGGGAACUGCAGAACCGACUGGCCGACACCAGCGCCCUGCUCGGGGCCGCACGCAGGGACCUGCAGGACCUGCGCUCCAAGCACCUCCUAGAGACGGAAGAGUGGAAGCAGUUUGAGGUGGACCUGCUGACGACAGUGCGUGUGGCCAAUGACUUCAAGACGGAGUCCCAGCAGGAUGUGGAGCGGUUGCAGUGCGAUAACCAGCAGCUGCAGGAGAAGCUGGAGGCACUGGAGGCUCAGCUGGCAAAGCUCAAGCAGCAGAACCGGCAGCAGGAGCUUUCCCCCAAGGCGCCCCUCCCCGACAGAGGGGAGGAAGGAGCCCCUCCCGAGGCGACCCCCCACGGGGCGUCCCCCCUGCGCAAGCCUCUGGGCAGCCGCUGGGGGGACUUGCGGCCGAGCAGCAGCAGCAGUAGUGCCCAGCACUCUGUGCGCAGCCUCAUCGAGUCCAUCGAGAACGCCACCAAGCAGGCCAAAGGUGCGGCGUCAUUCUUCGCUCCCCGCCCCAAGGCGACGGCACGGACCCACGUUGGCCCGCCGUCGUCGCUCCGCCCGGGCUCCUUCGGACCUGUGCUAACCAAGGUCUUCUUGGACGGCCCCAGCAGCAGGAGCUCAUCCACCAGCAGCCUGAACAGCCUGGCCUCCGACUCUAGGUCAGCAGCAGCCAGCGCACUGCUGGCAGGGAACACGGCAGACAUCUUCGCUAAGCCAUGCCUGAAAGCGGAGAAGGCGAGGCUGCAGUCUCGACAGUCGCAGCAGCCUCAGCAGCAGCAGCAGCAGCAGCGCGCGGACGGGACUGCGGAGGCAACAACGGCGGAGACUGCACCUCGCGGAGAAGCGGAGAAGCCCCUGCCGAUGUCGAUCCUCUCUCACAAACUGGAGCCCAUCCGUAGGAACAGUUACAGUGACCUCGUCCUAGAGAAGAAAGACCCCCUCGCAUUUCUGGUGAAGGGAGGCGGCUCCAAGCGAAAUGCUCUGCUCAAGUGGUGCCAGAACAAGACCUUGGGCUACAAGAACAUCGACAUCACCAACUUCAGCAGCAGCUGGAACGACGGCCUCGCCUUCUGCGCCCUGCUUCACACGUACAUCGGGGACAAGAUCCCGUACGACCAGCUCGACAGCAAGGACAAGAGGAGGAAUUUCAGCAUUGCAUUUGAAGCAGCAGAAUCUGUUGGAAUCCCCAGCACGCUGAUUGUCAGCGAGCUGAUUGCCUUGGAACGUCCGGACUGGCAGUCCAUCAUGGCUUACGUCACGUCCAUCUACAAGCACUUUGAGACCUAGAGUAGAAGAAGACAGCUGCAAUUUCGGCGCAGGAACCGUUCCCUUCCAAAGGCGCUCCCCGAACCCGACCCGGUCGCUUGCAAAUGCAGUAUUACGGCGUCGAGGAGAACAAGGAAGCUUCCUCCGACACUCUUGGAGGUUUACGUCCUCUAGGUGGCACGGUGUUGCCCCGUCUUAAUUAACUGCCAAGGGGCACCCUCGUGGAUUGUGGCAGCAGUGCAUGCAGCAGCGUCUGCAUCCAUUUUAUUUAAAUCGCACAUUCUUAGAUUGCGAGCUUGCGUUCAAUUUUAUGUGCAAAAAAUACUUUUAAAUUUUUAGGACAUCUGGCCUUUGUAUUAGUAUCCAGCAGUUAGGCUGUUUGGCGAAAUGUGACAUUUUUCGUGCAUGGUGCUUCAUCUAUUUAUGGGACCAUUCAUAUUUCUUUUUAUAUAUAAAACUUUAGUCUAGUCACGUCCAAACGGUUGUCCGUGGUCGGUGCGACAGUUCUGGUGGAAGGUGUCUGUCGGACUGCGAAAAUCGUAAAACGCUACGGCAACCUGGCGACAAAGCCCGAGAGUCUGUUCCUGUGGAAAAUCGUUAACUGCAGACAGCGGGCUCUUGGAGCGAGUACCCAAGAGAUAGCGAAUGAGAUUACGUUUGAACCAUGAGCUUUGAGAGUGUGUUAGAGAUACAUGUGGCUCUAUAAAUGCUUAAGAAUAGACCAGUGGUUAUGUUGCAGGGCCUUCGAAAGGGCAGCCUUCUUCCCUCUCCUCUCGUGAGUUGUGGCGUCACUUGCUUCAUCCACAAAUAAGCUGAGGGAAAAGUGCUGCACCUUGAAUUGCGUCUCGCAAAACGGUUUUUCACCUAUUCAGAAGAUACCGAAGCUCGUUGUAUCGCUCAACCUGCACCUUUCAGAUCAGAUGAUUUAAAGGACCAUUUUGUGUGUACUAUUACUGUUCAUUGAAAACCAGCACCUCAGAUCUUACAUGUCCCAAAGGAUUGCUUUAUAGCCCUAUUCUUCUGGCAACCUUCUGGCAAAAUGGUUCCUCUACAGAGCAGGCUGCACUGUACUUCCUAAGCUCAAGAGCUAGUCAGCCAACUUGGCUUUGAUGGUUAGGUCAGUUACGUGUUGGCAUCUCUGUAGUAACUGCUCCUAAGCCAAGCACAUUCUACUCUUCUUCACUAGUUUUAUACAUUAGGUUCGUAGGUUCCUUAACCCUUUGUUGACGGAUGUUAUUUACAGGCAAGGAACCACAAUAAUUUUUUUAGUUUAAUGGUUUGGGUUUUAUUACAUUAUUUUAUCUAAUAGUCUGGCAAGUCUUGAAGGUUGAAACAACAGUACCAUCUAGUGAAAAGAUAUGCAAAUAGUUGACAAGAAAAAAGAAGUUUCGCGCGCAAAUACGCAGCAACUGAGAACGGAAGAAUGGCAAAAAAUAUGGAUAAGUGUUUUUCUCUUGCGACAAGCAUUUUACAAUAGGUGACCAUUUUACUUGAGUCUAUCGUAUAAGCAGAUAUUAUUACCAUUUUAUAGUGAUCCAUAGAGGUUACGCUAGACUUCGGACUUUUGCCUGGUGUUGCCCACAGGCAACGAAGUAUAACUUGCAAGUUUGCCGUACAAGUUUUUUAAAUUUGAUCUGUUCUUUUAUUAGGUCUUGCUAAGCAUUAAUAUCUUAAAAGUAAAUUUUAAAGCAAUUUUUGUGUAUUGUCAAUAAUAGGUUAUGUUUGACAUCUUAGUCCAAUUUGGAGCCUUUAAUGUGUCCGAAAUGUGUACACAUGAAUAUGUAAACAUGUUGAUUUUUCUUACACUCACUCCAUUUCAGUGAUUUCCAAAAUCAGCAAUGUUCUCUAAUGUAGGCUUUCAAUUGCACAAGCUAAUUUACUAGUCCUACUGAGCCUGCAGUUUGACAAGCAUUUGAAAAAAAGGAAGGCAGAUAAUAUCUUCAAGAUCGGAAUGUACAUAUCGGAUAGAGCAGCUUCCUUUUGUGUCAAACUUGAGGACAUAAAAGAAUUUGAAUUACCGUAAAAAUAUUUGGGAAGCGCCCACUCGAACUUUGGAGAUAAUUGCAAAAAAAUGAGGGAUGGGUGCUUAUCCAGUCAUCUAUUUUACACGUAAAUGUACUGUGCAUAUUUUCUCAGAUCUUAGAAAUUUGGUAAUUGGCACUUAAUGUGGAAUGGGCGGAUGCGCGGUAUUUUACAGUGCAUGUUCUUGUCUAGUAAACAAAGGAUAAGACCUGUGAACUAAGGGUAUGCUUGAAGCUUGCAUGACCGUCAGUAUAGCAAUUGGGCAUGGGUUGCACAGCAGAGAUUGAAUGUUUCAAUGUGGUGCCAAGCAGGCCAAAAUGGUCAUGUUAAAAGUGCCUGAACUCAACCUUGUUGGAGGGGGGGGGGGAGGGGCUUAACUAGUGUAAGAGAAAAUUUGGAUCUGGUAGUGUGGCACUUAUCCUAAUUAAUUAGCUUUCAACAAUAUGGUUGAUAGAAUGUUCCCCAAAAGUUUCAGGGGUGUGAGUUUCUUAACUAGCAAUUUUAUAGCGACUGGUUUCCAAAUCAUCGGACGAAUGUUUCAUACUUUUCACAGAACAUUUUCUUGGAAUGAUCAGAAAUAGACUUGCGCCGACGUGUCAGUGCUUGUAGCCACACAAUGACAUGCUCAAUCUUUCCCAGGCUUCUUUGUUGUGCAUUGAAUAUAUAUGCUGCAGUCUUUCUGAGUAUGAUAAACAAUUGAAUUGGCUACGUGCAGAUUCUCAUUCUACCAACGUCUGCUUGAGCACCGUGUAGCUACAGGAACCGUAAGACAAGCGCAUGAGACUCGGGUUGUGUUAGUUGCCUUGCAACUGGAGCCUUUCUCUGCAAGAGAAGCCUGGUUACAGGAUACUGCUCCCCAGCACUAGCAAAGAACUGGGAGGUUGCACCUUGCAUUCUUUUUCUAUUCUGUCAAGUGGUUGUAGGUGUCUGGAAGGGAAGGUAGCACUCCAGUACCAACUUGAGAUUAGCAGGUGGUUAGACAGACAUGGCCGUCCCUUCUAAUCUGGUUGUGCUCUAGCCACGCGACUGGUUGUAACUUGUAGCUUCCCUUUGCAUUGUCUGGGGACGUUGGUCAGACCUGCAUCACUCGUGUGUCAUGCCCCCAAAAGUCGGUUGUGCAACCAUGACAUGCCUCCCCCUUUUGCAGUUUGUAGUGUCGAGGAAUGUGGUGCCCUAUUUUUGUGGGAAAUUCAGUGGUUUCUCAACAGUUCAUUUCUAACAUUCUUUGUGUACACAUUUAAGAGAGACUUAUUCUUUAAUUUACUUUUCCAGCUGGUCUGCUCAUCAUCCGUAGUGUAAGCGGAAAAUAGCACCUUCUGUGUACGUUUCCAGUGUUAGCUUUUUUUUUGUCAGUUUUUUUUUUUUUUUUUUGAAGGGUGUUUACUGAGGUAGCGCGAUGUUGUCCGUUGUGACAGAGUAUUGAUUGGAGGUGUGGUUUUCACCCCCUAUUUAAUUGCUCAUAGACUGCCACAUAAACCAUGUCACUGCUAAUGCAGCAAUUGGCCCUGUACAAAGCACUAGCUGUAGUGUGAGCAGUGUUCAUUUUUCACUUUUUUAUAAAUGCCCGUCUGGAUAAAGGCGAGGAGCUGUUUCAAAGCGAUAAACCAAACACUGAUUUCUAUAUUUUGCCCGAGAAGGUUCUGCAUGUUUCUGCAUACACUGUGUUGUACUCUUUUUCUUGCUCCCUAUAGAGCUAAUGAUGCCAGCAUUGACAAUGAUUGUCAAGUAUUAUUUUUUCUUCAUUCACAGAAGUGCUGCAUAUUUAUGAGAUGGUACUCUUUGUAGAUACACGUCCUUCUAUAUACAGUGUCUCAGAUUAAUUUACUGCCUGAACUUGUUUUCUGUAAAUAAAUGCUAUGCAUAAAAUCUUUCACUCAAGAUAC